ACUCCUUGAUAGCGCACCCGUGGUGCAACGCAGUUGUCUGAGAGCAUAUUUUUUUCCUUAUCAACAGCAGCAUUGGGACGGAGCACCCCGUCUUAACAAACACAAUUAUGUCCAUAUUUACGCCAACAAACCAAAUACGACUGACAAAUGUGGCGGUGGUGAGGAUGAAGAAGGGAGGGAAGCGGUUUGAAAUCGCCUGCUACAAGAAUAAAGUUGUGAACUGGAGAGCGGGAGCGGAGAAAGACCUGGACGAGGUCCUGCAGACUCAGUCGGUCUUCGUUAAUGUGUCCAAAGGCCAGGUGGCUAAGAAGGAGGAUUUGACCAAAUCGUUUGGGACAGAUGAUCUGACAGAAAUCUGUAAACAGAUCCUGGCUAAAGGAGAGCUCCAAGUGUCGGACAAGGAAAGGCAUUCUCAGCUGGAGACGAUGUUCAGGGACAUUGCAACUAUUGUGGCUGAAAAGUGUGUCAACCCUGAGACCAAGAGGCCGUAUACAGUCAGUCUCAUCGAGGGGGCGAUGAAGGAAAUCCACUACUCGGUUAAGGCCAACAAGAGCACAAAACAGCAGGCUCUGGAAGUGAUCCGGCAGCUGAAGGAGUCCAUGGGGAUCCAGAGGGCCCACAUGAGGCUGCGGUUGGUGCUGCCGGCCAAAGAGGCCAAGAGGCUGAAGGAGAAACUGAAGCCGCUCCUGCAGGUUGUGGAGAGUGAAGAUUUCGAUGAGCAGCUGGAAAUGGUGUGUCUGGUGGAUCCAGGCUGCUUCAGGGAGAUCGAUGAGCUGAUCCGCAGUGAGACCAGAGGCCGAGGUUCUCUGGAGGUUGUCAGUCUAAAGGAUGUGGAAGAGGGGGAGGAGAAAUUUUAGAAACCCCAACCAGUCCGGACUCUGCACCUUAUCCCAACUAACUAAAUGCAAACUCUAAAGUCUAUAUUGUUUUUGAGAUUCUGUUCCUGAGUCUCUUGUCUCUAUGAUUAAAGGAUUUGCUUAACUGAAAGAAAAACUUUGCCAGAUUUGCAUGCUGGGUGGAUUGUAUUUUCUUAAUUAGUUUGAGCAUUUAUAAGUAAACACGCAGGUCAGUCCACUGUUCUGGUCUGCAUUCACCAAUUUUUUUUUAAACUUUUUUUAUUUCAGUACCUCUUAACAUUAACAAAACGUUUCUGCCUUCCAUCAGUGUGUGUGCGCCACAUGCUAAAAACCCCAGUUGUAUGGAUAAUUACGUCACCUCAAUAACUUAUAUUUUGUCAUAAUAACUAAGCAUGCUAUGAAGAAAAUAAAUACGUUAUGACAUUUU